UUUUGUCAGUGAGCUGACAAAUUCUAACCUCCCUUCUAAAAACCUUUUCUCAACAAGCCGACGCGGGCUCGCAGCUUCACCUCGUAAUCUCCAAAUAAAAUCGAGAACGGAUCCUUUGCUUCGUCGGCGAAUAUGUCUGCUUCCUUCCGUUUCUCUUCUUCCUUAUCACCGUUACAGUCUCGGGAUUUCCCCAAAAUGCGUUUUUUCAAUCCUCGGAUUGUCGUGCCUAAUCCCAUACCAUUUUUAAAGCAAACGAAGACCUCGCAUUCUAGGGUUGUUUUGCCGGAAAACGUGAAAGUCGCGGCUUCUGAGCUGCCGGUGACAGCGGGGAAGCCGGUAGAUAUGGCGGGGUCUGGAGGAUUACAAGUGGACCUGGUGACGGAAACGGAUUUGAAGGAGAACGGGUUCAGGAGCACACGAAGGACGAAGAUCGUAUGUACCAUCGGGCCCCGCACGUGUGAAUUUGAAGAGAUCGAGGCUCUAGCCGUGGGAGGAAUGAACGUGGCUCGUGUCAAUAUGUGCCACGGCACCCGCCAGUGGCACAGAGACGUAAUCCGGCGGGUGAGGCAGUUAAACGAAGAUAAAGGGUUCGCCGUGGCGGUUAUGAUGGACACUGAAGGUAGCGAGAUCCACAUGGAUGAUCUAAACGGUGCCGAAUCUGCCAAAGCAGAGGACGGUGAGAUGUGGACGUUUACUGUGCUGACAUUUGAUCCUUCAUCGUGCCCAGAGCGUACCAUUACGGUUAACUACGAUGGUUUUGCUGAAGAUGUAAAGUUUGGUGAUGAGCUUCUUGUUGAUGGAGGAAUGGUGAGGUUUUUGGUGACCGAGAAGAUUGGUCCAGAUGUGAUCUGCCAGUGUACAGAUCCCGGUCUGUUAUUACCUCGUGCUAAUCUUACUCUUUGGAGAAAUGGGAGCCUUGUUCAGGAGCGCAAUGCAAUGCUUCCUACUAUAUCUUCAAAGGAUUGGCUGGAUAUUGAUUUUGGAAUUGCCGAGGGUGUUGAUUUUAUUGCAGUGUCUUUUGUGAAGUCUGCUGAAGUGAUUAAGACUUUAAAGAGCUAUAUCACUGCUCGAUCACCGGGAAGCCAAAUUGGUGUCAUUGCCAAGAUAGAGAGUAUUGAUUCUCUGAAAAACUUGGAAGAGAUUAUCAAGGCAUCAGAUGGAGCUAUGGUGGCCAGGGGAGAUCUAGGUGCACAGAUACCAAUAGAACAGGUCCCGUCGGUUCAAAAGAGGGUUGUUCAAUUGUGCAGGAAGCUGAAUAAGCCUGUCAUUGUUGCCUCCCAGCUGCUUGAAUCCAUGAUCGAAUAUCCCAUACCUACCAGAGCAGAAGUUGCCGAUGUUUCUGAAGCUGUACGGCAGCAGGCAGAUGCUCUAAUGCUUUCCAGUGAAUCAGCCAUGGGUCAAUUCCCUGAGAAGGCAUUAGCUGUGCUAAGAUGUGUCAGUUUGAGAAUUGAGAAGUGGCGACGGGAGGAGAAGCACUUGGAUGCCACAGAUCCCUCAAUUGUGUCAUUUUCCACCCCACCUAGCAUUUCUGAGGAGAUAUGUAGUACAGCUUCGCAAAUGGCUAACAAACUCAAAGCAGAUGCCAUCUUUGUAUACACAAAAACUGGACAGACAGCAUCUCUUCUUUCCCGCAAUCGGCCCGAUUGUCCAAUCUUUGCAUUUACACCCUCAACUUCCAUCAGAAGGUGCCUGAACCUGCAGUGGGGUUUGAUACCUUUCCGUCUUGAUUUCUCAGAUGACGUGGAGACCAAUCUUUACAGGACCUUCUCAUUGCUUAAAGCAAGGGAAAUGAUCAACUCGGGUGACCUUAUCAUUGUCGUCUCUGAUGUUUUGCAAUCCAUUCAAGCAAUAAAGGUUCCCUAGAAUUGGAAUGUGCACUUAGUUAAGUGUUUUGUUUGCAGUGUUCCUAAAAUAGGAUGAUUGGAUUAGUUCGUAAGGUUAGGAUUUGAUUGAAGUCUGGUCAUUAGGGAUUGCUCAUGUACCGUCAGAAGGAACCUUCCACAACCCCAGGCUCAUUCUUUUUCAGCACAUAUAUUUCCGAGUCCAGUGUGCUUGCACACCUUAAGAGAUCUCUUCAAGCGUCUGCAAUUUGAUUUUGUUCUUCUGUUUCUUGCAUAAAAUUUUGCACAAUACGGUUUUAUUUUUGAAAGUGGAUUUAGCUUGUCAUUGUUUGUAGAAGGAAAGACGGCACCAGAGAACAUCGUGUAUUGUUUUCCCCCUUUUUGAUAUUGAAUUUUGAA